AUGGCACACACUGUUCGAUGGGGUAUUCUGGCCACUGGUUGGAUCGCUGAGAUGUUCACCAAGGACCUUCUCAACGACCCAACCCGCCGUGAUGUCACGGACGUAGCCCAUCAAGUUGUUGCUGUCGCUUCAUCUUCCUCCAAAGCAAAGGCCGAGGAGUUCAUCACAGCGAUGGGCAUCACCACCGCCUGCGCCGCCUACGGUGACUACGAGUCGCUCGUGGCCGAUCCUAACGUGGAUGUCAUCUACGUCGCAACCCCCCACUCUCAUCACUACCAGAACGUCAGGCUGGUACUGGAGGCCGGCAAGAAUGUUCUGUGCGAAAAGGCGUUGACCGUCAACGCUGCACAGACUAAGAUUCUGGUCGAUAUCGCCCGCGAGAAGAACCUCUUCCUGAUGGAGGCCGUUUGGACUCGCUACUUCCCACUCAGUAUUCAGAUUCGGGAGCUCAUUCAGAAGAAUGAGAUUGGCGAGGUGCUUCGUGUCAUUUCGGAUACCAGCUUUGGUGAUGAUGUUGAGGAGAAAUGGGGUACAAAGCACCGUAUGGUCAACCCUGAUUUGGCCGGUGGUGCCCUCUUGGACUUGGGCAUCUAUUCUCUUACCUGGGUUUUCCAGACUCUCUACCACACGCUGCCUCGAGACCAGAGGAAGGCGCCUACCGUCUCUGCCCAGAUCACUCCCUACCACCUCACUGGUGCUGAUGAGUCCACUACUAUGCUCUUGACCUUCCCCACCAGCACUCCUUCCAAUGAUGGACACCCCAAGCACUCGCAUGGUGUGGCCAUGACUAGCAUUCGUGUUUCCACGGAUCCAGACGAGAAGGGAUCUGCUGGUCCUGCAAUUCGGAUCCAAGGCACCAAGGGCGAGAUCCAGGUUGCUGGUCCGGCAUUCCGCCCUCAGUCUUAUCGUGUCGUUCCCAAGAAGGGUUGCGGCGAGAUUCGUGAAGUCCAGUGUCCAUUCCCUAAUAAUGGCCACGGCAUGUUCUGGGAAGCUGAUGAGGUUGCUCGUUGUCUCCGAGAUGGCAAGAAGGAGAGUGAGUCUUUGCCAUGGGAAGAGAGCAUUGUGAUUAUGGAGGUCAUGGAUGAGGUGCGAAAGCAGGGUGGUUUGACAUAUCCCCAGAAGAUCGAGUCCACCGAAUACCCUGUACAGCUAUAG